UCUUCUUGCAGAAUUACAUGUCUAUCAUUUUCAUUUAUUAAUGAUAGUGAUAGACUUGUAUCCUAGUGUAUCACUGAUAGAAGUCUAUCACUAAUACGCUAUGAUACAAGUCUAUCACUGAUAGACACUUUGUCUUCUAGCACUAAUACACUAUUUUUUGCACAUUCUGCAGUAAUUUGGAAUUAUGAUUAAACUUCCCAUAGUAGUGUUUCACAGUGGACAGUGGGAUGAUACAAAUAGUUACUUGAAUUACAAGACUACAGGUGUAUUGGUUGAUGAGAUGAUGUCUUUUGAAAAUUUUGUGAGUUUGAUAUUAAGAGAAGUUCUAUUUGAUGCAUCUCCUUCUUCAAUACAACUGUCAAUUUUAUUGGAUUAUGGUAUCACUAAUAUUCAAACUGUGGUUCAAAUUCAAGAAGAUAAAGAUGUUACUUGGUUUCUAAGUUUAGUUAAAGGGCAAAUUACAAGACAUCCAUUAGUUGCCCAUGCUAUUGCUCAUGUCCCUGAUAUGGAUUUAGAAUGGUCUAGUGUUGUUGACAGUGGGAUGGAUAAUUUGUGUUCUUUGCUGCCUUCUUCUUCCAUUGAUGACGAUUUUCAAAUUCUUACGGAUAUUCAUGUUAGUAGCUUGUCUUCUACAUUUUAUUUGAAAGAAAAGGAUAUGUUUGCUAGCAAGGAAUUACUAUCAAAGUCAUUUUACUACAUUGCUAUAAAGAACAACUUUGAGUUCAAGACUGUGAGAUCAAAUUCUAAAUCUAUUGAGUUUAAGUGCUCCCAAGAUAAUUGUCCAUGGUAUGUUCGUGCAUCUCGUUACAAGGGUGGGGAAUUAUGGCGGCUAAGGAAGUAUAUUGCUAAUCACAAUUGCUCCAUAAAUGUUAUUCAAACUACUCAUAAACAAGCAUCUUCAUCACUGAUUAGUGAUUGUAUUGGAAAAGACUUUAGUUCUUUUGAUCGUUCAACUCCAAAUGAUAUUAUGAUUCACAUGCGUACUAAACUUGGUGUAAAUGUUAGCUACUAUAAAGCGUGGAGGGCAAAGGAACUUGUUAUGAAUUCUUUGAAUGGUGAAGCAAAAGAAUCUUAUGCCUUGAUUCCAAACUUUUUCAUGAAACUAAAAGAAAUUAACCCAGGUUCAUUCACUGCUUAUGAAACUGAUACAGAGGGACAUUUUAAGUACUGUUUUAUGGCUAUUGGAGCAUGCAUUGAAGGAUGGAAAUAUUGUAGGCCCAAUAUAUCAGUUGACGGUACAUUUUUGAAAUCUAAAUAUGGUGGAACUCUUUUGACAGCCUCAACAAUUGAUGGUAAUAAUCAAAUUUUCCCAUUGGCCUUUAGUAUUGUAGAUUCUGAAAAUGAUGCAUCCUGGAGAUGGUUUUUUGAGAAUAUAAAGAAUAGUUUAGGGGAUCGGGAAGAUUUAGUUGUAAUAUCUGAUCGACAUUUAAGUAUCCCAAAAAGUGUUCAUAAUGUUUUUCCAAAUGCUGAAUAUUGCGUUUGUUUGCAACACCUUCUAAAAAGUUUGAAGUUGAUAUAUAAGGACCCUAUAAUUGAUAAGCUCUUCUUUAGAUGUGGAAAAGCAUAUACAGUUGUUGAUUUUGAGACUAAUAUGAGAUGGAUGGAGUCUAUGUAUCCUAGUAUACGAGACUAUCUUAGUAAGGUUAAUUUUGAAAAGUGGGCUCGAGCAUAUUGUACAAGGAAAAGAUAUCAAAUGAUGACUACAAACAUUUCAGAAAGCUUAAAUGCAGUUCUAAAAGAAUCUAGAGAUUUGCCCGUUGCAGCAUUACUCGAUUCUAUCAGACAAAUACUUCAAAAUUGGUUUUAUGAUCGAAGAAAAGUUGCAUGUUGUAUGAGAACUGUUUUAACUAGUUGGGCUGAGGGAGAAUUACGAAUUCAACAUCAAAACUCAAGAAGCUUCACAGUUAAUGCUAUUAAUGAUGUUGAAUUUCAAGUGAUUGAUGGAAGAAAACAAUUUAUUGUACGGUUAGAUUGCAAAUCAUGUACCUGUCGCGUUUGGGAUCUUGAUGAAAUUCCAUGUGCCCACGCUCUUGCUGUUCUUCGUGGGCGUAAUAUGAAUACUUACUCUUUUGUUUCCAAGUAUUUUUUGUCAAGUACUUUGAUUUCAACUUAUACUGGAUCAGUUCGUCCGGUUGGGAACCAUGCCAAUUGGAAAUCUAUUGGGAUUGAGAAUAACAUACUACCUCCAACUUUCAAGCGUCGAGCAGGACGACCGCGAAAACAAAGAAUAUUAUCAAUUGGCGAGAAGAAAAGUCACUCAAGAUGCAGCCAUUGUCAUCGUGCUGGUCACAAUCGUAGAAAUUGCAAAUUUCCACCAUUUUUACAGUGACGUGAUAUUAUGUUUUCUAUAAUAAACUUUUAGCUUUAGCAUAUAGAGCAUUUAUUUUGUGUGUGUAGUAAAUACUUUCUAUUUGUUUGAUUCAAACCGUUCAAUAAUAAUCUACCUUUUUCUCA